AAACCAUGUAUGCAUUAAUAAUUACCAAACUAAAACUCCUUGGUUUUCUCAAAAAAUAAAUAAAAUAAAAUAAAGAAAUAAAAGGAAACAGAAACUCCUUGGUAUAUUAGACUUAGUACAAUCAAACACGAAACUAUAUAAAGCAAUUUCGUUGAGCUAAAUCAGCGUAAACCCCAAUCGUAAAGCACAAAACCCCUUUCUCCAAUUUCUCCCUUCUCUCUCUCUCUCUAUUUACUAGCAGAGAUCAAAAGGAGAUUAUUUAUUAUAAUUAUUAUUUUUUGGUUAAUCAAUGGAGGAGGAUGAUUACGAUUACGGGUUUUGCAGCGAUGAUGAAGAAUUUGAUGAUCGAGUUGAUGAAGACGAAGGUGCCCAAUCGUUUGCGGAAGUUGAUGGUGACUGUCAAUUUUCUCUCUCCAAUGGCGGCUGUUGCAAGGUAAUCAGAAAGGAGUCGCUUUUGGCCGCGCAGAAGGGCGACGUGCAAAGAGUGAUGAACUUUCUUUCGGUAAAGGAACACCACGCGCGGACUUUGCUUAUUCAUUACCGGUGGGAUGUUGAUAAGGUCUGCACGGUUUUCGUCGAGAAGGGGAAAGAACAGCUGUACGCAGAAGCUGGAGUGUUGGCUAUUGAAGGCGGUAACAUAAGUUCGUCUCACUGUUCUACGGAAAGAACAUGUCUGAUUUGCUUCGACGAAUUUCAUGCUGACAAGAUGACAACCAUGGACUGUGGCCAUUGUUUCUGCGACGAGUGUUGGACGGAGCACUUUAUAGUGAAAACCAACGAGGGGCAGAGCAGGCGAAUCACGUGCAUGGCGGACAAGUGCUACACAAUCUGCGACGAAGGAAGCAUCAGGAACCUGUUGAGUGCGCGGGACCCACAAUUGGCGCAGAAGUUCGAUCGAGUCCUCUUGGAAUCUUACAUCGAGGAUAAUAAGUCGGUGCAGUGGUGCCCCAGCGUUCCUCACUGCGGGAACGCCAUCCGAGCUGACAAGGACGAGAUUUGCGAGGUCGAAUGUGCUUGCGGCCUGCAGUUUUGUUUUGGCUGUUCGUCUGAAGCACACUCGCCUUGUUCGUGUAAGAUGUGGGAGUCUUGGACGAGAAAAUGCAGCGACGAAUCGGAGACUGUUAAUUGGAUGCAAGUGAACACGAAAUUCUGCCCCAAAUGUCAUAAGCCAGUGGAGAAAAACGGAGGGUGUAAUCUGGUCUACUGUGUUUGUAAACAAGCCUUUUGUUGGUUAUGUGGUGGGGCUACUGGUACAAAGCACACUUGGACAAGCAUCGAAGGCCACGAGUGUGGGCGGUAUUCAGAGAAACAAGUUAAGGAAACCGAGUCUGCAAGAAACUCACUGUGGCGCUACACUCACUAUUACCAACGCUACAAAGCCCACAUGGAUUCUUUGAAGGCCGAGAAAAACGGCAGAGAGGAAUUACAGAAGAAGAUUAGCGCUUUAGAAUCCAGAAAAUUGGAAUCUAAGUAUUAUUUUUGGGUCUCAGAAGCAUCGUCUAGGCUCACGAGAUCGCGGCAGAUUCUGUGCAACAGUUACCCGUUUGCUUACUAUAUGUUUGGCGAUGAGCUAUUUCAGAUGACCUCAGACGAAAGGACGAUAAAUCAGAAUCUGUUUGAGAAUCAACAACAACAACUCGAGACGAAUGUUGAAAGACUGUCGAUGGCUUUGGAAGAUCCUUUUGACGAAUACGAUGACGAAGAUGUUUUGGAAGCAAGACUUAAAGCCGUCAAUCUCGGUUCAACUGUUGACGUCCUUUGCAAAAAACUGUACGAAUGCAUCGAAAAUGAAUUACUCGAGGGAGUUGGUGCUGAUAAGCAGGCAAUUCAUAAAAUCGCACCUUAUAAUUCAAAUGGUGUAGAGAAAGCUUCGGAAAUCGGCAUUUGAAAACUGGUACUUUUUCCCUUUCUUGCAGAUAUCUAUAAUAUUAAGCACUCUUAUUUCAUGUAAUAUAUAUGUUUUAACUAGAAAUAACAAAUUUGACAGAUUUUGCAUAUAUAGUAAAUAGUCAUUUUAUUUAUAUCCUAACAACCGGGAGCAGCAGAGGACGAUGAUUUAACAACAAGGCGACCUAACAAAUUUUGCAGUUAUCGGAAAUAGUAUAUGUAUACUCUUGCUUAGCGUAUUCAGAUUAUCCUUAUCUAUUUUUUUUCGUAGAUGCAGAGAUUAUUUUCUUAGAAUUGUUCGUAAACUAAUUGUGACGAGCUAGAUAUGUUUUAUAUAACCGAUUCGCUUCUUUUUCAGUUGAGGUUGUGACAAUAGGUUUUUGUUAUGAUUUUUUUUUUCUUCUCUUUUUUCUUUGUGUAAUUAUCAAGUAUAGUUACACCAUUAGUACUUUAAUGGCGGAAGUCAAUUUUGUUGUUC